AUGUCGCAUUCCGUUGCGCGAGUCGCGACGAUCGGUCCGUCAGGGACCUCGAGAAGGCGAACGGAUCGCCGCGCGGCCGUCAUCGGGGCCGAUGGGCGGCGCGUUUCCCGCGAUGACGUGUCGACACCGACGCGACGGGCGCUCCUCCUCGGUCUCGCGUCCGUUCCCGCGCUCCCCGCGUUGGCCGCCACGGAGCUGAAGGGAUCGCCCGUCACGGCGACCAACGCGUACAUCGCGCUCAUGGACGGGCGGGACGCCAUCCAGUCCGCGAUGGAGCUUCAGGGCAUGGAGGAGGGCGGCCGACGGAAUCGGGUGCAGAACCUCCUCCCCAGGUUCGCCGAGAAGGCGGCCGUCAUGACCGCGCUGCUCCCCGCGGCGAUGAGGGAGAGCUACGGCGAGGUCGGCGGUGAGGGCGAGGGUGCGGGAUCGCUGCCGGAGGACAGGCUCGCGCAGAUGGAGGACAUCCUGGUGGGAGCCAAGAACCUCACGGUGCUGUCAAAGUACGUCACCGACGGCACCCCGUUCACGGAUGCGGAGAUCCCGCAGGUGACGUUCGAGAGCGCGAUCGCCGCGAUCGACAGGACCUUAGCGGACGGUGACGCCGAGGCCGUGAAGAAGGCCAAGGCGGAGAGAUGCAGGCGGCUGAUAUCCAAGGCGGUGGACAUGGAGGAGAUGAAGCAGUUCGCUAGUUCGAAAACUUGCGACUACUAG